GCGGCGGGGCGCUGCGCUCUGCCCGCGCGCCGCCGCUCUUCCCCCUGCCGCCCACCUCCUCGUCCUGCCGCGCGGAGCCGGGCCGAGGCCGCCGGGCCGGACACGGCACCAUGCUGCCUUCGCCCUCCCCGCCCCGCUCCGCCUGACAGGGACGGGCGGCCAUGCAGCCGGCGCGCCGCUAGUUGAGCUCUGCGGCUGGCCCCUCGGCAGCGCGGCGGCACCGGCACCAUGAGGAACGGCGAUGACCUGGAGGGCUUCGACGGCGAGGCGUCCAGCACCUCCAUGAUCUCGGGGGCCAGCAGUCCUUACCAGCCCACCACCGAGCCCGUCAGCCAGCGCCGCGGGCUGGGCGGUCUCCGCUGCGACCUGGACUACCUGCGGGGCACCUUUGGCAGGAUCAAGCUGGCCGAGGUGGUUUUGGCACUGAUUGCAUUCAUCUGCAUAGAGACCAUCAUGGAAUGCUCCCCUUGCGAAGGCCUUUAUUUCUUUGAGUUUGUGAGCUGUAGUGCAUUGGUGGUUACUGGAGUUCUGUUGCUUAUGUUCAGUCUAAAUCUUCACACAAGAAUACCACAGAUCAACUGGAAUCUUACGGAUCUGGUCAACACUGGACUCAGCACUUUCUUCUUUUUCAUUGCCUCUGUAGUACUUGCUGCUUUAAACCAUAAAACUGGAGCAGAAAUUGCUGCUGUGAUAUUUGGUUUCUUGGCAAUGGCAGUGUAUGCUGUGAACACAUAUUUAGCUAUUAAAAAGUGGCGAAUGAACAGCAGACAACAAAGUAGUCGGCAGACCAGUGAUUAUAUUCGUGCUCGGACAGAAUCCAGAGAAGUAGAUCAUCGCCCUGAGAUUCAGCGUCUGGAUGCGUGAAAGGCACAUUCAAAUGGGACUGCAAAGGGAAAAAAGUGCUUAACUCCCUCAUGGAAUAAAGGGGUUUUUUUUCUUUAUUUAAGGAAGAGAAGGAAGAUCAGAUUGUGGCAAAGAAUGCCCAGCCCUGCAGAUGCAGAGAGAUGCAUGGAGUCAAAAGCUGUUGUCCUGAAGGCAGUACAUGUUGGUCAUUCAAAAGCAAGACCCAUUUAAGAUAUCCACAUAUAUUAUAUAUCUUAUAUAAUAUAUGUUUUGCAGCGUGCUCUUGUUUUGGAUUAACUGCACAGUACUUUCCUUCCGUCUCCCAAAUGCAAACUCUGAAUAUACUUGUUCUGCCAUUGUUUUGUCUAGUGUAAACACUAAGUCCAGCACUACAUUACUUGGUUAAUAUAAAAGAAAUUAACAAAAAGUAAAUUUAAUACACAAGAAAAGGAAGUGAGGAGUGAAUAACAGUACCUUUAGCCGUGUAUCCUGUCCAGCAAACUCUCCAUAUCCAUCCUCGUGCGUCCUGGGCAGUACAGCUCAGUUCUCAUCUGCAAGAUCUCAUGUAGUGUCACUGUUGGUGCACUUACAUAGCUGAAAUAGACAACCCUUUCACACUUUUUUUUGGUUGAUGGUGUUGAUGUAAUUAUCCUAUGGAUUACUCUGAAAUUGACAUAUUCAUGCAUGGCCUUGGCCAGAUCUGACCUGCAAAAUUAGCAUGUUUACUGAAUCAUUACUGUAAUGCAUCAAGUGCAAAUGUGUGGUUUUCUGCUAAUGUUGGGGUACUUUCCAUUUGUCAUUCCAGAAUGGGAAUAAAAAUAUGCUUGGGAGGCAAGGUCGAGAAAAAUGGAGUUGAAAGACACAGUAGAGAAAGAAGGGGUUGUCGUCCAGUAGGCUUACAUUCCAGUUGUGGCUUUUCUCUGUAGUGGUUUUUUCUUUUUGUUUGUCUUUGUUUGGUGGGUUUUUUGUUUGCUUGAGUUUUUUUGAACAUCAGCCUUUGUGAGGAGCUUUCUAUAUGCAAGAACUAGCAAAAAAUUUAUAUGCUUACAAAGUGUUUCUAAGGUUACAAAAUUGUAUGCUUGAUGUAAGAGAAAUAUUUUUUCUUCUUAUACGGUUGUUUGUUUCUUGUAAAAUUGAAACUGUUGGUAGUAGAUAAAACUGGGUUUAUUUGUAUUUUAAUUGGAUGUUUCUGCAAUUUUUUUCCCUUGAUAUUUCCUUGGGAGAUGAGUUUAGAGAUUUGGAGCAUCAUAUGGUUGUACUGAUUUGUUUAGAAACAGUUUUACCCAUCUAAAAUUUCCUUAUUUUAAUUGUACUUCCAGUGAAGAGACUGGUAUUUUCUCUCCUGAAAACUUGAACUCUGCAGUAAUCAAUUAGACAGUAUCAUAAUGUUAUUAGGAAGAUGACUUUGAUAUUUUUCUGGUGGGUUUUUUUUGUUUGUUUUAAAUUGGUGGUGUUAUCUCUGUAAUCCAUUAUUUGGCAUAUACAUGCCUGCAUGUUACACUAAGAAAAUGUAUAGGGGAGAAGAUUUCUAGAGUUUAAUUCCUUUCUGGUGUAAGUUGAUGAAAUCUUUGAAAUUAGGAGACCUAUAUGCCAUGAAUGCCCGAAUUCAUGGCAUAUUUGACCUGAACACUUUUUAUAUUGUGUUUUUACCUAGCUAUGCUCUUGAGGAGGUGAAUGCAGUUAACUGGAGUCCUAAGAACAAAUGGCAAUACAGUGCAACAGGUCACUUUUAAAUACAAAAAGAAUAUAGACAUUAUAUUGAGGUGGUGUCUCACCAGGGUUACUGUACAUUUCAUGAAAAAUAAAUGACGGUUCCAUGUUCAGUGUGGUAUGAAAUAAUGAAGUAAGGUUUUGCCAGUACGUUCUUAUAGCCCUGCUGUUUUUCAGCAAAGUUUGCAAGGAGAGUUUGUAGUUAUUAUCAAUUAGUGAAAGUAAAAAGUAGUACACACAUAGCUAGAUGGGAAUUGUAAAUGAAUGUAAUGAGUGAAGAUUAUAAGAAGAAAAAAAACAAACCCAAAAAACCCCAACCCCAAAAAAACAAAUGCACCAAAACGUCAACCACCACAAAACCCUAUGCCAAAACAAAGAGCCAAUUGAACAAAACAAACACCAGAAAAGCCUUUACUCAAAUCCAAAAUAUUGUCCUCCAAAAGAUCCUUACUUUUAGAGUGGAACUCUCAUCUGAAAUCAAGAACCAGGUGGCUUGUAGCAAAGGCUUUUCAUAAGGCUUUUCAUUAGGAGUGUACCCUUUUUGCUGGUUAAUGACAAGGACUGAAAGGGUGCAUAUGUAAGAGAACUCCUCGAUCCUGUCCUGUAGUCUCUGUGCUGCUUCUGGUUUUUCAGAUCUGUAGGAGAUCAUGUGCAUCUGUAAAUUUUAUAAUUUGCAAUCUUUCAAAUCCUUACACCUUUCCUUACCUAGAAAAAGAAUAACCUCACCAAGUUCUUUGUGGAGCAAGAUCAUGAAAAUCUUUUGUUGUCUUUUAGCUGGAAUGACAAAUGCAGAGUGGUACAAUUACUCUUUUUAUAUAGUGUAAUACUUUGUCAUGUAGUACACCUGCAUGACCCUGAGUGCUUUUACACGUGAAAUCGGUUUUUCUAAGCUGGGAACAGUAUGCUGUUAUUUAUUACUUACAUGGUGACUUGAGCUUAGCACAGCUUUCAGGGUAGAAUUCAAAGAGAAUAGUAUUUUUUUUUUUUAAAGAACAGAAAACCAAGUGUAAAUUUGUAAUUUCCUUAUUUUGGGAUCCAAAGAUGAUUUUAGUAUUGUACAGAAUAUUCUUUCUAAAAAUCUAAGUUAAGCAUUUAUUUCUCUAAAGAGACAUUACUUACUAUUUGGACUAUACAGAAGGGAAAUAAAGUAGCUGUGAAAGGCAACUAAAUUUCAAACAUUAACAACAUAUGAUAUAUACACAGUUCCUAUCAUGUAUAUAUAACACUCCCUUAAUUUUAUGUGGUGUAUUGAAGAAGUGAUUGUGUUUUAAGGUUAUCCAAGCUGCAGUCAUUAUUUAAAAAAUCUCUGAAGGAAGAAAAGAGAAUAGAAAGUGGUUGGUUUUUUUUUUAAAUAUGUUUAGAAAAGUGACAUUCAUUGCUUCUUUCAGCCAGUUGUCUUGGCUCUAAUUGCUGAGCAUACAAAGAUAGUUUCUUUUAGUCCUUAAGAGUGCUGUUUCAGCUUCACAAAGGGACUCAAAACCCACUGUAAAAAACCCCAUAAAUUAAAGUUAAACUGUUGAACCUUGUAGGAAUGGGAUGCUGAAAUCUGUAAAGGUUCAGAUUAGUCCUCCUUUCUCACACUAGGCCCUCAGAUAUGCAAUCUCUAUGUAUUUGUGCAUGUAGAAAUUACAGUAAGUUGUGACCUGUGCACAGACUUAAAAAGGUCAAUUAAAGUAUAAGAUAUGUUUGGAAUAACAGUGUAAUAACUGUUGUAGGAAGGUAUGUUUUCAUGCUAUGUAUGUUCAGUUUUGUCAGCCUUAGUUCAAGUUUAUCGUACACUCCUAUAAUAAGGUGCAAACUGCCAACAAUAGAAGCUUCUAAAACUAUAAUUAGAAUGGAUUUGACAUUUUCAUCUCUUCUUAGUCAAUUCCUUCUUACUCUCCACUUGUUACUUUAGUUUUGUUUAUUCAUGCCUCAUCUAUCUCACAUUUUUAUAUUUAUUUCAUUGUUAAGCCUUCCACAUUGAUCUGUGUAGUUUCUGCUUCAAUAUAAGGAAGAUAGGAAUAGUGUGUCCAAUGUCCUUUUGCUUAAAUGUGCUACUCUUUCUUUUUAUGAUAGCUUGUGAUGUUUGGGCUGAAUGUGCUGGGGGGAACUGGAUUCUUUCCCGAUGUACUUUGGAAGCUAGCUGGUACACUGCAUGUGUUUUUGUGUGAGCUUUCUGGUAGGAGCCACAUGUAUAAAAGUGGAGGAUUAGAGAUUCUCUGCAUUCUUUGAAAGACAAGGUACUGACUCUAGAGAUUUGAUGCCUUAUAUUUCAGUCUCUGCUGUUCAUAAUGUGCUUUGGAUUCAGAAGUCUGGCAUCGGUAAUGAGCUAUACUUUGGAAGCAGCUUCUCAUCUUUUGCUUCCAAGAUGUCUCUGAGAUGUGAACUGAGAAAAGAGUAAUGUGGGGUGCUUCUUCAUAGGCUUUGUUAUGUGUUUCACUGUGCAUCUCAUCAUAUGAUCUUAGAACUGUUUUAUCUGUUUGUAUUUCUUUGAUUCUAGGAAAAGAGAGGAAAACUGGGAAAAAGUUUCCAAUCUUCCUUAAGAUAAUCUUAUUUUACUGUUCCUUUUUUGUUCCCCUGUGAAUCAUUUUGUACUAUAUGAUAAUUGCCCCUUCCUAACACAGCAGACUUCCUGGCUCUUACAGUGCUGUGGAACACAGCAGAAAAAUUGAUCUGCUACAAGCUGCAUGUCGACUGUUAUAAGUGAAUUAACCACUAGUUUUCCAUGAGCUUAAUGGUCCCUAUACACAUUUGGUAUUUGUCAUCUUUGGGCUAUUUUGAGGGUGUGCAGACACAGCAAAUGCUUAUAUUCUAUGUAGUUUUAUUAAUGCAACCCCCUUUUUUUCCCAUUUCUUCCUUAGUUCUUGUUCUAUGUCUGUAACUUUCUUGUCUCGUGGCAACUUUGUAAAAAAUUCUACUUGUUCUUUUUUGUGGAAAAAAACCCAAACCCCAACAGCCCAACAAUCCAAAAUAAGUAAGAAUGAUGAGAUUAGAAUAUAAUGUAGAUUAAAAAAUAAAAAUCAAACUUAAUAGCAAUUCAAAUAGCAUUGAAAAUAAUAUCUUGUCUCUUACUCAGAUGAGAUGCUGCACAGCUUUGUACGUGAAAAUCAAAGUAUAAUCCCCAGCUGCAGAAGGAAAUAUAACUUCUGCACUUCAUAGCAAAGGAGAUGAGACACUUUGAAUCAGUAGUAAAAGUAGGUGUAGAAGUGUUCCUAACUGUGGGGUGGUGCUGGCUUUCUAAUACAGUGGGACAGAUGUUACUAAUGGUGCAUCUUAAAAGCUGAGGUUUGUUGACAAAUUGGUGUGAUUAUCAAAUAACUGCUGUUCAGCUGAAGGAUAGUAGUUGAUUCACAAGGACCUGCAGGACAUAUUCUUGUAUCAGAAAGGCUCUAUGUAUCUAAAAGGGUAGUUACAGCCUUAUUUCUGCUCAGUCCCACUGAAAUGGGUAAAGCUGUCAUGUAGCAUUUCUGAAAAAUGGGUACUGAGCUCUUGUUGUUUGUAGCGUAAAAUAAUGUAUUAUCUGGAGGGGCAACAAAGCGCAAAAAGGUAGAGAUAUGCAGGUAGAGAUGUCAUGUAUGUGAGUUUUAGUGGCAAUAAAAGUAGUAAUUGAAAAGUGAAACAGAAAUAGGUACAAAAAUAAUCAGAAUAUUUGAAAAUAGAUUGUAGAAAUUAGUCUGUAUUCUUCUCUUUGUUUUGACAGAGAGGUUUGAUUACAAAUGAAUUUUUACAAAUGUUCAGGACAUCUCUGAAUGCCACGUUAGUGUUGUUCCUGGUGUAUUGUUUUCUUUGUUAGCUACCUGGCCACCUGGAUAGAUCUGUUUCACAGAGUCAGAGCGGUGCUGUCUAACCUGAAAGGGUUCCUUUACUGUUUUGGUCUUAUUUUUGUGUUGUCAUUCAUAACAUAACCAUUUCUAUUCUAAAAUAGUCUUUAAAAAAUCAGCUUACACUGUGAUUGAUAAUAGCCUUUAAUUUAGAGUAUAACACAAUCUAAUUUUGUUUUGGGAUAUGCAGCUUUUAAAAGUGUUCUUAUGUAUUCCCAGAAAUGAAAGUUGUCUGUUUAUCAGAAAAAUGUGAUUAGCUGAAGUUACCUAUCCAGAAUCCCACAUCUUUCAAAUGUGCUGGAUGGAUGAGUUAGUGAAAUUGCCUUUUAAUCUCUAUGGGUUAAUAAAUAUUUUUUUAUAACUAGCCACAGAUAUUCCUUUUUAAAUUAUACUUGGCAAACAGAAGAUAUUUAAUUUUAUAUACAAUAUACAUAGUUACCUUGAUUGACAUAUUUAUAACAUAGAGCUUUGUGUUUACGAUGAAGGUUUUAUCUGUAUACUGUGGACUUCAUGGGUAAAAUUUUAAGAAGCCAGUUAGCAUAUAUGUGGAAGAGUAUGGAAACUUAACUUUGUGAAUUCAGAAUGAGGACAUAGGAGCAUUUUAAGAAGCAAUAGCCAGAUCCGUAUUAACAGAGUAUCUGGGGUUUUUCUUAUUUUUUUGAUUGGGGCUGGUCCCUGCAGCUAUUUUAAUAACAUCUGGAUGUGAGUAACUGAAUGAAAUAUGACCAUCUGCCUCUUCUGACUGUCACGGACUGUUGUCUAGAAUAUGGGAAAUUUUGGGCUAUUGUAUUUGUUUUGCUUUGGACAAAUGUCUCAAUAGACAUAUUUAAUUAAAACCUUCAUGUGUUUGAAAGAAAAUACCCUCUCUUAACUAGGCUGAUUUAUCACUUUUGGUAACCUUUUAAUCCCCAAAGUAUUAUCGUCUAAAUAUUUGUAGUAAUGUUACAUUUAUCCUGAUGUCUACAGGUCAUAGUGGUUUGGGCCAGCAUCCUUUUGCUACAAUUGCUACCUUCAUUUUUCUACUGUUUAUACUUUAAUCUUCAAUGUUUACUGGUUUCUACUUGUUGGAUAUUAUGGAGGGAGAGUGUAUCUUAGCACUACAGUUCAUCCAGCUUUAACUCAUACAUCAUAGUUCUGAAGUAAGAAAAUAGUUUGAUUUAUAUAUUGUGGCCAAUUUAUUGCAUUUUAAAAUGAUUUCUAUACUUAAGACACAACAUUUAUGAUAUAAUGUAACUAAUGACUUAGCUAAUCACUAUAUCUGUCUAGACUUACUCUCUUCUGUGUUAGUGUCAUUUGGAAACUAUUUGUAUAUGUUGAAGUUUGUAAGGGUUCAGGAACCCACAAUAAAAUAGUAUAUGUAUUUAUUUCUCAU